AUGGCGCCGACUGUAGAGAUUGCUAUACCCACAACCUCUCUAUCCCCAACUUCUCCCCCACACACCGUCUACCACAUAACUCUCCGUCUCCCGCUCCGCUCCUUUACCGUCUCCAAGCGUUACUCCGACUUCGCAUCAUUUCACAAGACCCUCAUCAACCAGACCAAUGCCGAACCCCCAGUUCCACUCCCAGCAAAAUCGUGGUUCUCAAAGACCACCUCCAACGACAGCUUCCGCGAAGAGCGCCGCAUCGGCCUAGAAGAUUAUCUCCGAGCGAUCAACGAGUCCCCGGACGGACGUUGGCGCACUUCACCAGCGUGGCGAGCAUUCCUCAACCUGCCAUCAGCAGCCGCCUCCGCAUCAACUAGCGCAGCCAGCUCCUCAACAAGACUGCACGCCGCAAUCACAGACCCUGGCAAUGCAUCCAACGCCCCAAUCACAGACCCCACCCUCUGGCUCGACUACUUCCGUGAUCUGAAGGCCCACCUCCACGAUGCCCGACUAGCACUCUCCCGCCGAGACCAAGAGACAACACCGCAGAAACAGCAUGAGAGCUCAGCACAGGCAAAAAGCAGUCUUGUCCGUGCAGGCUCUAUGAUCUCCACCCUCGAAGAAGGUCUCAAAAACCUCAGCGGCCGCGGUACGCAAUCGAAGAACUCCUCUACAACUAGUCUCGGCGAUGGCGAGCUCCGUCGUCGAAAGGACCUGCUUAUCAACGCCCGUAAGGAGAAAGAGGGGUUGGAAGAUCUUUCGCAUGCUAUGGCGACCAAAAGCAAACUUGACCAUGCGGUUGCCUCGAUCCAGGAUAAAGAAGCGCUCAUGAAUGUGGGUAAUGGAGACUUUGGAAUUAAUAACGGGCGACGAACGCCUGCGAAAUCCGGACGGGUCCUUGGCAAGGAGACUGAGCGCACGCGCGAGUUAGAUAAUGAGGGUGUGCUACAGUUGCAAAAGCAGAUGAUGCAGCACCAAGAUGCUAGCGUUGAGGAGUUGAUGAAGAUUGUUAUUCGGCAGAGAGAGCUUGGGACGGCCAUUCACGAGGAGUUGAAUGUGCAGAACGAAUUGUUGAAGUUGGCUGAUGAGGAUACUGAUCGUCUGAAAUCCAAGCUCGACAUUGGAAAGAAGCGGAUUGGCAAGAUCUCCUAA